AAGGACAGUUUUCUGAUGCCCCGCCGCCGAGUGUUGUUAUACGCAAAGUUGACUGUACAUGCAUAAGUGGGGAAACACGUACUAUGCUGCAACUGUGAAGUCUCUCCCUCUCUGCAUCCCAUGGCCCCAGUGCAUGUACUACAGUACGUGAAGUACAACACACGAAAAAGGGUAAAAAAAUAUCAUGCUUAUAAUGUGGUGUUUUAGCUUUAAAAUGUUACCAGAUGCAUUGGUUUCUCCGUGCUGUGGCAUUAUGUAUUGGUGUAUGUGUGCGUAACACAUGCAAUGCUGGCCCCAUUCUCCACCCAGACACUGGCCUUAUUGAGAUCAACAAGAAGAACAGGGCGAGGGGUUUUAUACCGCCACACGAUCCCAACGUUCCUGCCACGGUCCCGAUGAAUCGUAUUCCCGCCCACCUGACCAGUGGAGGGGACUACGACGUCGUUCCACCCAAUGCAACCACUGCUCAGGGAGCACAGGGCACAAAUACCACUGGUCAGAUGGCAGCAAAUGGAGAGGCCGAGAAUAAGUACGACGUCGCCCUGCCACCAACAGCCGCCAAGCCUGGUGCGCACCCGGCCGGUGACACCUACGACACGUUCACGUUCAACACUGAACCGACUGGGGAGGGUCCCGACCCGAGCACGUACGACCACAUCGGCAAGGUCUUGCCGAACGCUGCCGCAGUCACUUCCCCUGCUUCGGCUUCACCUGCGGUUCCCAAACCGGACGUGUACUCGACGGUCGAUUCAACCAACCUUGCACCGCAGGCCCCAGCACUGGCAACAACUCCUACACAGCCUCCUCCUGACGCGGCCCAGGGCACGACCACUGACAACCAACUGCCAUCACCAAAUUUGGAGUCCCUGGCUACGGAUUCACCUGCACCUCCCAGAGACGUGUACUCAAUGGUAGAUCCAACAAAGAAAAAGCGCAACGAAUAGAGUGGAGACAUCCCAACGGCAUGCCUUGGCCUCGGGCAAGCCUAUCUGAAACUAGGCCACAGUUCUUCUGGCUGACGUGCUCAGCUGCACCUGCCAUCACCAUCCCAUUGGCCCGGUUCUCCGUUUGCAUGUUGCCCUAUGUCUAUGACUAUCGGCCCGCAUGCACACACGAGCGCGCACGCACAGAUACAUGCACACGCACACACACACACACACACACACACACACACACACACACACACACACACACAUACACACACGCGCACGCUCACAAUACGUUCCACGCUACGCACGCAUGCACACACACGCGCACACGCGCCAUCACAAUGCUUUCCACGCUGCGCUUGCUGCAUGCCAUUCUCCCCUUUGUUAAUGUUGUUGUGCAUAUUUGAGCACCGCACUUUCCCAAGUCCCUUUGUCAUGUUCUUCGCCAGGGGCUGCUCGACCCGCACGAAGUUCCACACAAACCUGCAUGCCACUCUCCUACUUUUUGCCACAAAAAAUACAAAAUCCUACAAAAAAAGUUUCACUCUGCUCAUGUAUAACACAUCUGUAGUGCAUGAAUGGUCUGCAUGCUCACAUUAAAUACACUCCAUCAAAAUCAGUCAUAGCUGUCCCCCAUCCACUUGCAUGCUUCCCCUGGUCACCAACUGCUAGCAAACACACUGUUACAAUUCCCCAAGAAAAAAAGAAAAAAAAGGACAAGUUAAUGUUGCACGUUGCCGUAUUCUCUCCCUCCGCAUGUGAUUCCGUUUCCUUGUUUUUAUUUCUCUCGUUUUUUCUGUUUUUGGCUUUUCCACUUCCUCUGUACAUGUGGUUACUUCAUCUUACGCAACCACUUGUAGCGGUAACUUAGUAGUGUCCCUUUCCUGGUGGCAAGCAGCCUUUGAGCUAGUUUCGCAACCUGCCAAACAAUGUAUGCCUCCCUUUUCUUUUUUAAAUUACUGUAUGGUAUGGUUUCUUACCGUGUUUU